AUGGCAGCCACAAAUUCCCACCCGGAGGUGGUGGAUGAGCAUGAAGCUCGGUCAGUGGUUGAGUCAACUCAACCCAGCACUCGCCGAUCGAUCUUUCGAUCAAUUCCAUUCCAGAUUGCCGUUGCUAGCGCUGUGUCUUUCACUGCACCUGGUAUGUGGGAUGCCUUGAACAAUCUGGGUGCGGGUGGUGCGGCAGAGCCCUAUGCUGUUUCUGCAGCAAAUGCUUUGGUCUAUGGUUUGUUCGCGAUUGUGUGUGUUGCAGCUGGAGCUAUCAACAACCGCAUCGGCCUCCGUUAUGGAUUGACGCUUGGAGCUAUUGGCUACCCCAUCUAUGGUGCCGGUCUUUACACCAACAACAACUCGGCAAACACAUGGUUCAUGCUCUUCGGCAGUGCCUUGUGUGGUAUCUCUGCCGGUUUCUUCUGGGCUGCUGAGGCUGCCAUCAUUAUUGGAUAUCCUAGCCCCCACGAGCGUGCAUUCUACCUUGCAAUCUGGCAAACUGCAAAGGCCGCUGGCCCAAUUGUGGGAGGUGCGAUUAACUUGGGCCUCAACGCACAAACUUCGACAACAGGAUCCGUCAGCUCCAGCACAUACAUCGUGUUCAUCGUCAUCAUGUGUCUUGGAUUCCCCAUCGCCCUCCUACUUAGCCCUGCUGAGAAGGUGCAGCGCAAGGACCGAACCUUGGUCCUUGUGCACAAGCAAGCCUCCUGGGCUGCUGAGUUCAAGGCUGCGCUUUCUCUGAUUGCUACUCGCCGUGUCCUCCUCCUCCUACCCUCCUUCUUCAUCAGCUACUUCUACAACGGCUUCCUCAGCACGUGGCUCACCACCUACUUCACCGUCCGAGCUCGCGCAUUCUCCUCCUUCUUCACCAACUUCGCCGGCAUUGCCUCCUCAUUCAUCAUCGCCGGACUUCUCGAUCGCCAGGGUAUCCACAUCAAGACCCGCGCCAAGAUCGCCUUCAUCUCUAUUGUGACCAUUCUCACCGGCACCUGGAUCUGGGCUUCGAUUCUUCAGAACCAAUUCUACAGUGCCCCCGAAUCGCCCGUCUUCGACUGGUUCACCGGCGGAUUCGGAAAAUCCUACGCUCUCGUCUUCUUCUGGACUUUCGGCGGCCAGGCAUUUCAACAAUUCCUGUACUGGCUUAUCGGUCAAUACAGCACCGAUAUCUCGUCAUUGUCCUACCACUGCGGUAUUCUGCGUGGAUUCGAGGCCCUGGGUCAAACUGUUGCCUGGGCUAUGCAGUCUGAGGGUGGUGCCAACCACUUUGUCAGCAUUGGUCUCAACUUUGGAAUCACGCUUCUUGCUGUGGUUCCGACCUGGAUCGUCUUGUCCGAACUUGAGCACAGCCAUGAGGUUCAAGUGACAGCGGAGGAUGUUAACUCCAAGAUUCAGGAUGAGAACCAAGCUUAG